AUUUCGAACAAAAUGGUUGGUGACGGUUCACUUUCUUCUGAAUCAGUUAUUGGUCUUCACACUUACAAUAGUGCAGCCGAUCUAACUAGUGGACAUGUUAUGACACUUGAAAAAAACGAGUAUCUAUUUGAUCUGAACACAAAAAACGCUUGCACUCGUCCACUGGAUAUUUUUAUCAAACUUCUUUCAACUUCCUCUGUCGGAAAAGAGUUUUCACAUUUCUCGUCUCUUCCAUUGUCACGACUUCGCACUGUUGACGCUUUCUUUGAUCACCCCGAAUUGAAUAAAUUUGGAGAAAUUCAAGUUUACGAGCAGACGCGUGUUCGAGCCGUUCAUCGUCAAGGUCAUAAUUACCUCAACUCAAGUUGGAUCGACGGAUAUCGUGAAACUCGAAAAUUCAUUGUCGCCCCGUCUCCUAUGUCUGAAAGUGUUGCUCAAUUUUGGCGGUGUGUUUUCGAUCGUAAUUCUCUUAUUGUGGUGACACUGUGCGAGCUCCUGGAUGAAAAGGGAAAACCAUUUGUGCCUGUAAAGAUUGGAGAACCAUUGGUAAUUGAUGAUAUGACAAUUGAGUUGGAUAACAUUCGAAAAGUUCGACCGGCAACUUACUCUUCUGUUCUGAAGAUUUCUGAGAAAGGUGUCGAAUCUCAUAAAACAGUGAUUCUUCUGACCUAUAGUGGAUGGGGAAAACUUGGUUAUCCACAGAAACCAUCUGAUAUUCUGGAUUUAUUGGCAGAUAUGAACCAUAUGAGAACAAUUCUCAGAAAACAGGGACUUGAAAAGAAGAUUUUUGACGACAGUCAACGGACACCAAUGACAUUGGUGUGUUUUGAUGGAUUCAGUAGAAGCUGCACUCUUGUUGCUUUGGAUAUUCUUUGUCAACGUCUGACAGCCUCUCAUGAAAUUGGUACUCCAUUUGUUGAUAUUCUGGAUACAAUUGCUAGACUUCGAAUGCUUCGUGGUGCAGCCUGCAUGAAAGCCGAGCAGUUUGUCUUCUUAUCAAUGUCAGUUCUCGAAUAUGCCAUUCGUCAUCAUUUGGUGAAUGUGGAGGAUCUCGGUAAAAUCAGCUUGAAUGGGUUUAUCAUUCGCAAUAAUCCUGAAUCUUACUGACCCGUUUUUUCAAGUCUACAAAUAAAAGAUUC